CCCGAGCCUGGCCCCACGGCGGGCGGGGGACGAGGCGGGGCCGACAACGAGCCCUGCACCCCGCGGCGGGUCCCGCUCCGAGCAGAGUCCAGAUCUCCCAGAUUUAGCCACCAUAGGUACUUGGUACAUAGCCGCUUGGGUCCUAUCAUGGCGUUUCCUGAACCGAAGCCCAAGAAGCCAGAGCUGCCAAAGAAGCUGGUGCAGAAUCUGGAGUGCAAACAGGGAGCGGUCAGGGCAGUGAGGUUUAAUGUGGACGGAAAUUACUGUCUCACCUGCGGAAGCGACAAGUCCCUGAAGCUGUGGAACCCCCACAAGGGGACCCUCCUGAAGACCUACAGCGGCCAUGGCUACGAAGUGUUGGACGCGGCUGGUUCUUUCGAUAACAGCCAGCUCUGCUCCUGCGGGGCCGACAAAACGGUCGUCCUGUGGGACGUAGCCAGUGGGCAGGUGAUCCGCAAGUUCAGAGGUCACGCAGGGAAGGUGAACUGCGUGCAGUUCAACGAGGAGGCCACCGUGAUCCUGUCGGGCUCAAUUGAUUCCAGCGUCCGCUGCUGGGACUGCCGCUCACGCAGACCCGACCCAAUCCAGAUCCUGGACGAAGCCAAGGACGGGGUGUCCAGCCUGAAAGUGUCGGAUUACGAGAUCCUCUCUGGCUCCGUGGAUGGCCGCGUCCGGCGCUACGACCUGCGCGCAGGGGAGCUGUACUCGGAUUACGUUGGAAGUCCUGUCACCAGCGUGUGUUUCAGCAAGGACGGGCAGUGCACGCUGGCUGCCAGCCUGGACUCCACCCUGCGCCUGCUGGACAAGGACACUGGGGAGCUGCUGGGAGAAUACACCGGCCACAAGAACACGGCCUACAAGCUGGAUUGCUGCCUGAGCGAGAAGGACACACACGUAGCCAGCUGCUCGGAGGAUGGGAAGGUGUAUUUCUGGGACCUGGUUGAGGGCUCCCUGAUGCUGAGCCUGCCUGUCGGCAGAGGUGUGGUCCAGUCCCUGUCCUUCCAUCCCAGCAAGCCCGGCCUGCUCACCGCCACCGAGGGGCAUGUGCAGUUCUGGAGAGAGGAGUCCCACAUGGCAGAGGAGCAGCCGCCAGGCUGUUGAGCUGGAGCAUUGGGUGUCCCGCCGUCCAAUCACACACGGACUCAGCUUUGGGGCAGCUGCUUUAUUGAGCCAUGUCUCCGAGUCGGGGCGGCCGGGACUCUACAGACUCUGUGGGGGAGCAGCAGCAGCGAGCCCCAGAGCAGCGCAUGCAGGAGUGGGGUGAGCCUGCCUUCUUGCCCUACGCAGCAGCUCAGACCCCAGCCAUGCAGGAGUCGUGGGCCUGCCCAGCACCGAUCUACCAACCAGUGACCCUACAGUCCCCAUCUAACCGCCUGGCCCCCCACUAUCACCCCACACUCCAGGGGGCGGCUGGACACAGCCCCAGAUGGCUCAGAGGGCCUGGGAGACUUCAGAAGAUACUAGGGGCUAACAUUAAUGGGGAGGCACCCCCACCCCCCCAAGGGCUCUGACCAUCCUCCGUCUGGGACUUUGUUUUUUUAAAACUUCCUCAAAAUCCAUCCCCCAGGGCCUGGGCCCGGCUACUGCUGCCAGGCGUCCUUUCCAUCGGUCAAGUACCCCGCAGUGACACCCCCCCCGCCCCCACUGCUUCAGCCUCAGCUGCCCCGGUCCGUUCCAGGGAGGGCACGACCAGCGCCCCCCGAGGAAACCGACAGCUGGGCACCAGGUCCAGACAGGAGCUAAACUCCGGUUUCCCUGCUGCACAGACGCUGCUCUUGAAGAGCAGCGGCCAGUAAAUCGCUCCUGGGCAGGGGCGGGCAGGUGCCGGAGCUGAGCCCUACCGGGCGGUUCUCUCUCCGCUGCAGAAGGGGGUGUUCCGAGCGCAGGUUAGAAUAACAGGCACCCGGCCUCUCCCCACGGGGGCACAGCUCACAUCCCCCCCAGGCUGCCCUUGCGACUGUGCUCAGUUAACCUGCACUGAGUCGCGGGGCGCGGAACACGCAGCAGGGCAGGUUUAACGCAGCCCAGCCGCUGAUGUAUGAGGGGAGCCGGGGGUGAGCUGCUAACCUCCGUUGAAAGCUGGCCAGCCAGAUCUUCGCUGCUGGUUUCAGCUGAGGUUAACACCCGGGGUAGGGCAUAUGUUCUGACCAGGUGGGAUGGGAACACAGGGGUUCUUUCCCAAAAGCCGAAUAAUAAAAUCGUGUUUGUUAAAACUUGCCAUGCAUCAGCGGGCCCGGGCCCAGGCCUGGCCAUGCUGCCCCCAGCUACCCAAAGCGUCCAAAUCCAACUGGAAGGAAGAACAGGUCCCAGCACGAGUCCAUGGGGCCCAAGGUGGAUGUGGGUACGGCGGUCCGCAGGUGCCAGGUUCUGCCAACGCCCCAAUGCACUGAGCAUCACAGCCCCUGAGGGCGGGCAAGGCCACCCCCAUUCUACGGGGGGGGUGUCGGUCAGGGGUCACCCAACGAGUCAGCGGCAGAGCUGGGACUCAAACCCAGGAGUCCUGAUGCUCAGGCAUGCCCCAGCCCUUGUGAAUUUGGAAGCAGGGUGUUAAAGAGAGGGAUGGGGAUAAAGCCAGACCCUCCCCACUUCCCUGGGAUCCCAGGGCAAGCCCAGCACAGCCACGGGGCAGAGGCAGGGGGAGGUGCAGUGUCUGGUGAUGGGCAGGGGUAUGAACCUAUUUGCUCCUGGGGCCUAGGACUCCCCUCCCCCUCCGGACUCCCCACGCUGCAUCCCAGGCCGGGGCUCUGCUGGGCCAGGGGUCUCAGUCAUGCUGCUUCUCGGAGCCGAAGGUGCUGGCUUUCUGGGCGAAGGUCUCGGCCACCAGCAGCGGGAAAACCAGGGAGGCGUCGGCAUAAACCUGCCACCAGGAGAGCGAGCGGGGAUGUGAGUGCAGGCACCCAGAUCCUAUACCCCCGCCAUGCCCCCAUCCCCCAAUCCCUCCAGCUCCCCAUCCCCCAACACGGCCCACACCCCCACCCUCCAGCUUUCCAUGCCCACCUUCACUGGCUUGGCGUCUAUGCGGAUCUUCCCCCAGGACACCGCCUCGUCUGGCCGCGCCCCCCGAGUCGGAGCCGUCGAACUCCUGUGCUGUGUUAACGUAGACGGCGUAGUCGGCUCCGUUUCUCUGCAAGGCGGAGAGCGAGGGAGUGUGACACCAAGGCGGGUUUCUCCCAGCCCGCUCCCCCAAGCAUGACGGGGAGGGAAUGUGCCGUUUGAGGUUAUAAAUUUAAUCCCCAAAUAAAAUGUUGGACCUAAAGCUA